AUGACAUCUACAGCGAUCAUGAACCAGUACCAGCUGGAUACGGUCAUAAAUGUACGUUAUAAAGGCACGUACUUGUCACGCGCGCGCGCACGCGAAGUGACACCAUCGCCCUUUAUCCCAAAAGUUUGUGCGCAGGGUCGACCUCCUUUCCAAGGCCGGCCACCAUCAACCAACAGCAGACGAGAUCGAUUGUCGGCCGUUCGUCACCCACUCGUCGAUGUUGGUUACAGGUUCAGGUACCGUAAACGAGUAGCCGGUUCCUGUCGAUUGGGAUUUGUGGGGAGACGGGGAGGGGAUGAACUUGCUCUAUUUGCGGCAAAGAUAUUAUAUGCAUAUGCGCAUGCUCUCAAAAGCGACUCGACUUCACGUGAGUACGGUAGCGAUGGUCGUGUUCAGGAUAUGAGUAAGGAGUUGAGCGACUUACAACAAGAGCUAACACCUCAGUUUGGGGAAGAAUAA